AUGGAGGCAGCUGCUGAAGAAUUCACUGCAAUGGUAGCUACAAUUAUAAAUGGAAGAUUGUGGAUGGGUUCAAUGGGGAGAUCAGAUCUGAGGUUGUUUGAGAAGCCCGCUGAGGAGCCAAAGGAAUUUGGGACAUACAAUUGGCAACGGUUUAGUGCGGAAGGUCGUUCAGAGAGUGAGACCCAUUCGAGGCUUCAGGUUUCAGAAGAAGAAGAAGAAGAAGAAGAAGAAGAAGAAGAAGAAGAAGAAGAAGAAGAAGAAGAAGAGAAGAGUAAGAAGAAGAAGAAGAAGAAGAAGAAGAAGAAGAAGAAGAAGAAGAAGAAGAAGAAGAAGAAGAAGAAGAAGAAGAAGAAGAAGAAAAACAUAUUCAUUGAGAUGUGUGGCUUGAGCUUCUAG